CAUUUGCCAGUAACUCGACUCCACUCCGACACGACACUGCUGUGUAUCUCGCGAGCCAGAUACGCACGGGAUUUUUUAUGUAAUAUUUCUAGUGUGCUGGCAAAAGGAACAUUUGUUCUCCAAAAUCGCAACAUCGCCAAGGAUAAUAGUUUCCGGGUUGUAAAAAAUCGUUUGUUAGUGUAGUGUGAAAAACUUGUGCGAUCAUAUGUGAAAAUUGCAGAGUGACAUAAACGGAAAUAGAACUGUGAUCCCGAGACGAAAGUGUAACGGAAAAGCUACGAUUACUUUUGGAAACCAGCCAAAUGAACUGAAUAAAUACGAAACCUACGAAGCACUGAACUAAAAAUACCAAAUAUAAACUGAUUCCAAAGAUGGCAGACCACGAUCAAAAGAAAAUGCAGGAAGCCUACAUAUCCCCAGGGAUUUCACGGGAGCGUAGUUUUAUCCGAGCUUCCAACCAGCAGGUAAUGGACAUGAAUGCCAACAAACGACGCAGCCUGGCCUUCACCCAGAGUCAGGCAAUGCAACAUGCCCAACAACAACAGUUGCGUGGUAAGCCACCGAUGGAAAUCUAUCGUCCUCCAAAUGUUCGCAUGGAUGGACUGGCCAACAAACUCAACGUGCAUGCUCAAGAAUUUCAGAUGAACAAUCUCCCGGACGGCCGUAUGCCGCUGCAGAAUUCCAGAUCUCUCAACAUAUACAGCAGCUCCUUGCAGCACUCGAAAUCGAACGCGCACAUGCCGUUGAACAUGCAUCCUCGAGCACAUCAAAUGCAACUGGGCAACAUCGGCAGUCCUCAAAGGGGACCGAUCAUGAUGUCUACCCAUCCGAUGCAGCACGUAGGAGUACAGCUGCAAUCUUCCCACAUGCCAUUGGUCAACUCACCGUCAAGCGGAAAUAUUUUGCACUCUGGACCACGAGUGAAAUUUGCCCCAGAGCCGGUGAUACACGCAGCACCCCAAGCAACCAAUUUCCCCACAUCGCAGACCAGCAACAAUGGCCAACAGUCGCCGUCAGUAAUGUUUCCACCGGGCAGUUCGAUAGGCCUUACGCCCCUGCAGCGUUCUAAGUCGCUUUCCUCUGCUGACACGCUGACGCGUGGGUUGGCCGGACUGGGACUGGCGGUGGGACCCGAGGCCAACGAUAUCGGACAGUUUUCACCGGAGAUUCAGGCUAUUCUGAACAAAGCCAUUGAAGAUCCGAACCAGCUGAAUGCCCGCUGCCUUAUGGAACUGGCAAUGCAGCUGAUGCACCGAGCGGUGGAUGGGCGAAGGUACGCACUUCCAAUAUCACGAUUAUGCAUUUCGAUCAUUGCGAAAGAACAAAAGGAAACCUUUCUGGAAGCCCUUCUGAACACCUGCCGGCAAUGGUACCAAGAACGUGAUAAGGUCCUAGGCCCACCGAUGAACAUCAAAAACCCUUCACGACCCCGAUUCACCGCAUUUAUGGCCUUUUUGACGGAGAUGUUUUGCCAACUGAAACGUCGUCAACUGCAACUUCGGACGGAAUGCGACGGCGUGCCGCCUCCUAUCGUACUGUUGACUGUUUUGGGAAAGUGCUGCGAAGAUUGUGUCAAACCGCCGGUUCGAUCACUUUCCGAGAUCGAAUGCCUCUUUUUCGUACUGACCUGUAUCGGGCGGGACCUGGAGACACACUUGCCGCAACAGCUGGAAACCCUCCUGGCCGGAGUCCGUGAUGCGUUCCUGAACUCGUCUGCCUCAGCCCCGGCCAUCCGCCGCACCUUGCUGCAGUUGAUCGAACUGCAAGCCUCCAGAUGGCAGCUACCCGGCAAUACCGUGCUCUACUACUAUCCAUCGUCCAAAUAGAUGCACGCACGUGAUCGAACGAAUUAGCGGAUUGGAUUGAUGGACUGCCAGUCUGGUUGGUUUUCGCAUGUGGAGUUUCCUACCAACAACAUUCAUUGAAUCUACUAUUUAGCAGCCACCUACCGUCGACGCAGGUGUUGGAGAAUGGAGAAAAUGUCGAACCAAACGAACAAACAAAAAUAAAUCGAACAGUAGAGACAGAGAACGAAACACACUGGAAGUGAAGCUUAUAAAACAAACAAAAAAAAACGACUCGAUCAGACUACAUUCCAUCAAAACACUAACAUUUUGAAGGCAAAGAAGAAAGUUAGUAUACUUUUAUUUAUUAUUAAAUUUGAAAUAAUGCAACAAUCUUGAAGAUUUAAUCUUAAGAUCCAAGAAUUUUAACGAGCCUUUGAUUAUUGUUUUCAAUUACUCAUAACGAAAAUUUCUCCUAUUGUGUUAGAACGAAACGAUUUUAGAACUUUAGAUAUCUUACCAAACAAUAAAACUGAUGGAAGUAAUCUCUUAAAACAAAUAACGAAAUGUAAAUGGACUAGUCAUUUCUGUAUUAUAUUGUCUAGAGCACAAGAUAUGGAAUCUGUUACAUACUAUUAAAUAGAACAUAUAGCGUAACGUCAACAAAACUCAUGAAACAACAAAUCAAACAAUGACUGACUAACAUCCUCGUGUUGCAUCACUAUUAUAAUUUCAUUACGUAUAUAUCAACCAACCAACGCACCGCAAAAGCUCUUAGAUAUGUACCAUGUAGGGUACAGCAAGCGCACUUGUAUAAGGCAUGCCAAUGAUGUUUACCUUAAGGGCCUGAUGAUGAUAAGACAGGAGGGCCGCUACUGGUUGUUAACUUAUUUAACUUAUUCAGAUCCAAGUGGUUCAGUAGAUUGAUGAGCGAGAGAGGGAGAGCCGACGACAAUGAAAAGAUUACGGCUAAGCUGAAUGAUGUAGGUUUUUCUUCGCCGCAAAGGGUAUAGAACAGUGAAAGAUCAGUUUCAUAAUUGCGUGCGAAACAUUUGCUGUGAAGAUGAAAUAAAUGGUAGAAAUGGAACGUGUUUUAUAAGCCCUGGGACAAUUAUUAAUAGAAAAUUAUGUAUUUUGAGUGCCGUUCGUGCAACUUUGUGUCAUAAUGAGAUUUUUUUUCUAGGAAAUAAAUUAUUGAUCCCAUGAUUGAUUAUGG